UGAUUUUAGUUAUUUUUUAGCGAUUGAAUUAUUUUGUUUCAAGAUUUUCAGGAUUAGGCCAAUCAGCAGGCGAAAGGGUAAAUUAAUAUGAUACAUAAUUUUAUUCAAUUUUGCGAAUUGAAUGUAUUUGGCCUUAAAUAUUGGUGCUUUAGUCAUGUAAACGUAAACUAGUCUGAUUUAGAAAAACAAUUUCAACUAAUCAUUUAUCAGAUGAUUUAUGCGAAGUUUGUUAUUUACUUCAAGUAUAAAUAUAAAUGUUUUAUACUGAUUAAGAAAAGAUGCUGAAUAGUCAAUCGAUUGGAUUAAAAGUUAACUAAUCAUAAAUCGUUCUCAUUUCACUUGCCAGUUAAUUGUGAGAAAAUAAAGUGAUUUCAUUAUACAUAAAGCUCAUUUAUUUUAUUAAUAAUCUUAAUAUUAUAAGUUUUUGGAAUCGAUCAAUGAUGAAAAAGAGUAGUUUUUAUAAAUUUUAUCAUUCGCUUCUUAUUGUUUUGUGCAUCAUUGAAGUGACCUUUGCAUCGUUACGCAUUCGGACAAUCGAACGCAAUAAACCCAUGCGGGGUUGGACAUGGAUAAGGGGGCCAUACGACGUGGACAUGCAUACAUCUAUACUUAUACUGCCUCGAGAAUUUACUACCUCGACAACGCGGUCAAUGUUGUACGAGACAACAGAAAUGAUGCCAGUAUUUCAAUUAAUUUCGUUUGAUAAAAUUCAUGAACAGUUCAAAACUUGUGAGGUCGAUAUGGAGGUCGAAAGUAAUUUGUUUUCGGAUUGUACUUCAAAUUGUUCAUUUGGUUACUACUUUCAUUCACUAAAAGCUGUGAUGCUUAGAGGUGAACCUUAUAGACCAAAUCGCAAACCAGAAAAUGAAUCUUUAAUAGAAAAGAAAUGUUCGGCGUGUAAAAUGCUUUUCACAACAAGAUCAGAAAAUUGUGACAAAAUCUUCGAUUGUAGUAAACGAUCAGGGGAACAGUUUUGUUCACGAUGUUCUGAAAAUAUGUUUGCCUGCGAUAACAAAACUUGUAUUCCAAAAAGAUGGAGAUGUGAUCAAAUUGUCGAUUGUCUUAAUGGUGAAGAUGAAAAGAAUUGUGAGUUUAGAGAUUGUACUGAAAAUGAAUUUCGAUGUGCAAAUGAUCGGUGCAUAAACAAAACACUAUAUUGUAAUGGAAAAGACGAUUGUGGUGAUCGAUCAGACGAGAAGACCUGUUCAAAACUGACUGAUUCCAAUAGUUUCGACUGUCAACGUUUAUUUAUCCCAAGCUCGUGGCAUUGUGAUGGUAUUGUCGAUUGUUACAAUGGUCUUGACGAGAAAAAUUGUCCACCAGCUAAAAACUGUACAAAGAAUCAAUUUAAAUGUGAUAAUCGUAAAUGUAUUCACAGAGACUCAAUUUGUGAUGGAGUCGCAGAUUGUUGGGACAGAUCAGAUGAAAAGAAUUGUGAUAAAACUAAAUGUGCAUUUAAUCAAUUUGAUUGUGGUGACCAAUGUAUUCCAUUACAAUGGCGAUGUGACAAACGUAAGGAUUGCUUGAAUUUAAUGGAUGAAACGAUGUGUAACCUUGUCAUGUACAAAUCCUUACGACUUGAUUCAGAUCUUCGAUGUGUUGAAGGUACAUUUCCAUGUGCCGAUCGAUCGGGAUGUAUUUCGAACGAUUUUGUUUGUGACAAAUAUCCUAAUUGUAAAGAUCAUUCUGAUGAGAUGAAUUGUCCAGAUAGAAACGAUUUAAUCGAACCAGUUACAACUUCAAAAGCAAUUAACCAUUUUACUCAUAAGGAGAUGAAUUCAUCUCAUGAACCUGAUCAUUCGGAUAAAUUUGAGUGUAAAGUGCAUUUGGUCAUGUCAUCGAUUGUUCCUUACGAUCAAUAUUGUUAUUAUGGUCACGGCGCAAAUACUUGUAUAUGUAAACCGGAAUUCAAAGUGGGAGAAAUACAGUUUGAGAGGUGCGAAUAUUGGAAAGUAGAUUACAUAGACGAGUCGAAAUUUUGUGAUGGAGUGAUUGAUUGUGUGGAUCUUUCUGAUGAAAGAAAAUGUUCACGAUGUUCUAAGGAUACAUUUUCGUGUGACGGAAAUGUUUGUAUUCCAAAAAGAUGGAAAUGUGAUCAAAUUGUCGAUUGUCAAGACCUGUUCAAAAGGACUGAUUCCAAUGAUUUCGAUUGCGGGAAUUUAUAUAUCCCAAGCUCGUGGCUUUGUGAUGGUAUAGUCGAUUGCUACAAUGGUCUUGAUGAGAAAAAUUGUCCAGCUUCUAAUUUCUGUGGAAAAUAUAGAUUUAAAUGUGAUAAUCGUAAAUGUAUUGAUAAACAAUCAAUUUGUGAUGGAAAAGAUGAUUGUGGUGAUCGAUCAGAUGAGAAAAGUUGUCCAAGCCUACCACAUUUUAAAGAUUACGAUUGCCGGGAAACAUAUAUCCCAAACUCGUGGCAUUGUGAUGGUAUCGUCGAUUGUCCCAAUGGUGUUGAUGAGAGAAACUGUCUUCCUACUAAAAACUGUACAAAGAAUCAAUUUGAAUGUGAUAAUCGUAAAUGCAUUCAUGUCGAUUCAGUUUGUGAUGGAGUCGCAGAUUGUUGGGACAGAUCUGAUGAAAAGAAUUGUGAUAAAACUAAAUGUGCGUUUAAUCAAUUCGAUUGUGGUGAUCAAUGUAUUCCAUUACAAUGGCGAUGUGAUAAUAAGUAUGAUUGUCUUAAUGGAUAUGAUGAAUAUAAUUGUAACGAAAACAUGUAUAAAUCGAGACGAGACGAUUCUAGACUUGAAUGGAUUGAUGGUUUAUUUGCAUGUUCCGAUAAUUCGGGAUAUAUAGCAGUGGAUUUCGUUUGCGAUGGAUUUUACAGUUGUAUGGAUCGAUCGGAUGAAAUGAAUUGCCCAAAGCUCAGACAUUUGUUUCAAAAACAAAUUGUUAUUCGAUUUUAUGAAAAUGGAAUGAGAACUACUUUAGUAGAAGACAUGUAUUAAUACCUAUCUAUGUAAAUUAAAAAGUCAAUGUCAACUAAUUAAUCUAUCAGUUGA